AUGAUAAUCAUAAUCUUGUCGCAGAUCAACCACCGGAACAUCGUGAGGUUACUUGGCUGUUGCCUGGACAUAGAUGUCCCAAUGUUGGUCUACGAGUUCGUCGCCAACGGGACGCUGUAUGAUCUUCUUCACGGCAGUCCUGAUCACAAUCCUUCACCAAUUCCAUUCGAUCUCCGCCUGAAGAUUGCAACACAAUCAACAGAAGCUCUUGCGUACUUGCACUCAUCAACAUCUCGCACGAUUCUACAUGGGGAUGUCAAAUGUUCCAACAUUCUAUUGGAUGAUCAGCAUGAUGCCAAGGUUGCGGACUUUGGGGCAUCGGCGCUCAAGUCCAUGGAUGAAAGUGAGUUCAUCAUGCUUGUCCAGAGAACCCUUGGCUACCUCGACCCCGAGAGCUUCAUGAGCCACCUCCUCAGUGACAAGAGCGAUGUCUACAGCUUUAGGGUCGUUCUCCUCGAGCUGUUGACGAGAAAGAAAGCUCUAUACACUGAUUACAACUCCAGCGAGAAGAGAUCAUUGUCCCAUAAUUUUCUCCUUAUGUUUCGCCAAAACAAGCACCAAACAAUGCUGGAUUCUGAGAUCACAGAUGAUGAUGCGGCCAUGGUGGUCGUCGAGAAGCUUGUCAUCCUCACUGUUGACUGCCUGAGUGUGAGAGGGGAGGACAGACUGACGAUGAAGGAAGUCGCGGAGCGGCUGCGGGUGCUUUGGAGACACCAGAUACAUGCUUCCGGUGCUGGCGAAAACGGUUGUGAGUUUGAUAGCAACUAUGGAAUAUGGCCGUCAUCUGUAAUUCUUCCUUUGGACGAGAUGACAGACGGAAGCUUGGAGAUGUGCAAACUGGUGCGGGACAUAUAG